AUGUGGGCUGUUGGCGAAACGGGCAGUAUCUGCGGCUAUCGAUCGCCGCGUCGAUUGAAACCACUGUCAGAUGGAUGCUUGCGCACGCAAGGUGCUGAUCGGGCAUCUGUAUUAUUGAUCCAGUUGAAACUCGACGGCAUGAAAUGUAGUGACGUCUCUAAGCGGUCGCAUCUAAGCGUCAAAAGAUGGGCUCUCUGUGGAGCAUCGCUUCCUGUCGUUGCUGCUAAAGCGAAGAGAGACAUGCUGCUUUCUUCUGCUUGCGAUGCGCAUAGUAGCCAUGAGAUGGGGCGAAGCCAUGAACCUCCUGGUGUCAAACGAGGUUAUGUGCCAGAUAAGGGCGGGUCGCGCAUCGAACCGAAUCGCGCAUCAGCAUUUUUUACCCAGGGUCGAUUAUGGGUCUGA